GACCAGAGCGUGUGGAAACGAGCGGUUAUUGGCGGCUGCGCACGUCCCUCUCGCUCGCCCGGACGCCUUAUAAAAGGGACGCGAGUCCCUUUGUCCUGCAGAGCUCGGUUCUUGCUUCAACAGUGUUUGAACGGAACCGGUUCCGCCGCCUCUUUUGCUUUCCCGCAGAGGUUCAUCACUCCUUUCCUUCUGCCUUCUUCCUUUGAGCCGACCCAGAGAACGACGGCCAGCUACUCCUCCAGCCCCCAGUAGAACCAGCCGGCUCCGUUUACACUCGUCCUCCGUUGCCUUCUCCGCACCUCCCGGGAGCCAUGGAAUCUCAGGUCCGCCAGAACUACCACCGCGACUGCGAAGCCGCGAUCAACCGCAUGGUCAACAUGGAGAUGUACGCCAGCUACGUCUACCUGUCCAUGUCUUCCUACUUCGACCGGGAUGAUGUUGCACUUCGCCACGUGGCUGGGUUUUUCCGGUCUCAGUCGCACGAGGAACGGGAACAUGCCGAGAAACUGCUGAAGUUCCAGAGCCAGCGGGGCGGCCGCCUCCUUCUGCAGGAUAUCAAGAAGCCAGAAAGGGAUGCUUGGGGCACGACCGUUGAUGCCAUGGAGGCAGCCCUGCAGCUGGAGAAGAGCGUGAACCAGGCCCUUCUGGACCUGCACCGACUGGCAAGCGACCAGGGAGAUCCACAUCUCUGUGACUUCUUGGAAACUCACUACCUCGACGAGCAAGUCAAAUCCAUCAAAGUCCUGGGUGACUACAUUACCAACCUGCGUCGGCUGGCAUCAGCCCAGGGCGGGCUUGGAGAGUAUCUCUUCGACAAGCACACCCUCGGAGAGAGCAGCAGCUAAUUGCGUCCCCCUCUCCAGUUCCUGGGAAUGCUCCCUCUGUGAGCCCAGAGAACCCGACCCACUUCCACCACCGUUGCCACGCCCCAGUCAAGGAGGGUUGCACCUGCCAACUCUCUGUUGGCAUGUUCCAAAUAAACAAGGGUUCACCAGUUUA